AUGAGCAAUCUGCGAGGAAAGCUGGGCACGCAUUUUCCGGCGCGGGCGGCCGAGCCACCCCGAGUGCGGGCGACGGCGCGCGAAGGGGCGUCGGCGAGGGGGGCAAAGGGGGUCGAGGAGCGAGGGCGGGGGGGGGGCCGGGGGCUAGGGAGAGGGGAGGCGAUCGGCGGCCCCAGUGCCCCCCGGACGCAGCGGUGGCGUGACGCCUCCCUGAGCCUGCACCCGGCAUGCGGCGCUGACCGUCACCCGCCGCCCGAUAUCGCCGUACACAUGGACAACUCCUGCCUCCUCGACCUCCUCAUCAGGUGCUUCGCGAUGACCGAGCCCGAGGACCUCAACUUCACCGCGUUCACCGACCUCUGCCGCCUGUGCUCGCUCAAGAGCGGACCUCGGUUGCACAUCUUCGACAAGGAGUCCGAACAGCGGCAGAUCCUCUUCAAGCUCAGGACCUGCUUACCAACUAUGCAGAUAUCCAAGGACGACUUCUUGCCGAAGAAGAUCUGCGAGAGGUGCGUCACUCGCCUGGAACAGCUUUACGAGUGGCGCCAGAGCUGCCUCAGCACUGACUCCGUGCUCAGGAACUACGCGGAGUCGAUGAGGAUUGUGACGUCAACUAUCAACUUUCAGGAUGGCACAGUGAACAUGGAUAAGAUGACGGAGGCGCAGAAGACCGCGUACCUAGAAGCGCAUGUGGCCGUUCAACAGCAUAUGGCCCAAGCUGCCGCUGCUGCUCGUCGUGAGCAGCAACAGCAACAACAGCAACAACAACAGCAACAACAACAGCAACAGCAACAACAACAACAGCAACAACAACAGCAACAACAGCAGCAGCAACAACAGCAGCAGCAACAGCAGCAGCAGCAACAACAGCAGCAGCAGCAGCAGCAGCAGCAACAACAGCAGCAACAGCAACAACAACAGCAGCAACAGCAACAACAACAUCAACAACACCAGCAACAAAGUAAUGCUUCAACUAACACAAAUCGUCAUCAUCAAGAAAUGCAACAGGCUCAAAACCCGAGCAGCGCUCACCAAGGCCACCCCUCACCGCCGACGGUUACCUCAACCCAGCAUUAUGCAAGCAUGAACUCACCAAUCAAGGUCCCGGUGGUCAGCUCUAGCACAGGUGGACCCGACAGCACCUUCACGGUGCCGGAUGACGUCGGCAUGGGCUUCGAGGGCGGCGUCCGUGUGCUGCAAAGUCUCGGCAAUUGGUCACCGGAAGUGACGAACACCAUCCCUAGGCCCAACCUCAUACCGUUUACGGAGCCGUAUGCUGAAGGUGGUUCCAUGCAUCCUGGUACCAGGCUCAAGGCGUUACAGACCAGCGCUGUAAGGAAACAUCCCGCCAUAAAACCGACGAGUUCAACUAACGAAGGAAGCAAGGCAUUUGAGUGUACGGUAUGCGGUAAAGGAUUAGCGAGGAAGGAUAAACUAACAAUACAUAUGAGAAUACAUACAGGGGAAAAACCUUACGUCUGCGAGGUCUGCAACAAGGCGUUCGCUCGCCGUGACAAACUAGUUCUUCACAUGAACAAGCUGAAGCACAUCACGCCAUCGAACAUAGCCCCUUUGGGUAAGCGGUCCAUUUCGAUACCACCAUUAAAACUGGACGAUGUCAAACCGCAACUAACGAAGCAAGAGGACACAAAGCCGAGCCAAGCAGAAAUCGCUGCCGUAGCUCAACAACAACAGCAACAGCAACAACAACAGCAGCAACAACAGCAACAGCAACAGCAGCAGCAACAACAACAACAACAACAACACUCGCACCAACAAGCGAUCCAGGUCUGCCAGAACACCAACUUGGUGCACACAAGUGCGGCGACCGCGGUUGCGGCGGCAACAGCUGGAAUGGUGGUGUCGUGGUCGUGCGAGCUGUGCGGCAGACUGUUUGCUACGCGUGACGAGUGGAGCGCGCACGCCAAGUCCCAUUUGCCAGACAACAAGCUUCUUCAGGAUAAGAUGCAGCAGGCCUCGCAACAUCAGCAACAGCAGGAGAAGGUGCACCUCACGAACCAGGAGAAGCUGCAGCUCCUGCACCACCACAACCAGAACCAGCAGAUACUGAACGGCCACGGGAUCGCCACGGCUUCCGUGUCGACUUCUACAGUGGUCAACGAGGGGGGCGGGGGCGGGGCCGGCGGCGCGUACUUCAGCCACGGGCACGGCCACUACGCGCCCGAGAGGCAGCACUCGCACGCGCACCACCUGUGCCUCAUGUGCAGACAGGAGUUCGCCGGGAAGGCGGAGUUCAUGUUCCACGUCAGGGGUCACUUCGAGGGCAAGGUGGGCGACAUCGCGGCGGCCGACGUGCUCGCCCGGUCGCUGGUCGACAACUCCGGCCUGUGCACC